GUAGGCGGAAGUUACGUCUGAACUGAGCUGGCUGCUUGAGGUGGCUUUGACAUCUAAAGACGUUUCUCUCUCUCUCUGCUAAUGCGACGAGAUGAGAGCUAACGCUGGCUGUCUUCUUAAAAUACCAACCCUCGCUACCUCUCCGCUUCUUUAGCUACCUCUAGAGUUGUUUCCAGGUAGACUAUAUCCACGGUAGUGUUGUAGAAACGCCUUAAAGUGUGACUCGCACCGCAGUGAGGAUGAAUUGAUCCUCGUUGCUAAUGAAGAGCACAGAAUGGAUUGAGCUGCGGAAGCUAGCUGGUUAGCAUGCUAGCCAUGGAGGUAGCUGUGCUGCUCAUACUGCAGACACCCAGCUGGCUGGUGGGAUCCUCACUCUGCAGCCAAACACACAGCCUAGUCUGGGCCCUAACAUGCUAAACUGUUAACUAUCUGAAGCUAGAGUCACACAGAUUCACAUUUAUUAACAGCUUAGAGGAUUAAAGGUGUCCCAGUGUGACUAGUAUAGGUGUUGUAUGGGAACCAGUGCUGGCUGCUGUAGCAGGACUGCUGUAGGUCAACAACAACGAUGGGAGGCUCGGUGUCUUGCUGCAUCUCUCCAGGGGAGAGUCCCAAGAUCCACAGGAGGGAGCUGGAGCUGGAGGAGUGUCCCAUCACCACCGCAGAGGACGUGAGCGAGGACACGGGGACAUACCUGCAGCACAUCAGCGACAGGGAGCUCCCUGAUGAACUGGCACAAGAGGCCAACCCAUCAGAUCACCCCAGAGCCAGCACCCUCUUCCUCAACAAGUCGCAGACGGACGUGCGUGAGAAAAGAAAAAGCAACUACCUGAAUCACAUGUCCCCAGGGCUCCUGACCAAAAAGUACAGCUCCUGCUCGACAAUAUUCCUCGAUGACAGCACAGUCAGCCAGCCCAACCUCAAGAGCACGAUCAAAUGCGUGGCGUUGGCCAUAUACUAUCACAUCAAAAACAGAGACUCAAACCGCUCGCUGGAUAUAUUCGAUGAGAAGAAGCACCCUCUGUCGAGAGAAAAGAUUCCAGAUGACUACGCCGUGGUCGACCCAGAACACAAACUCAUCUACCGCUUCAUACGAACGCUCUUUAGCUCUGCGCAGCUCACUGCGGAGUGCGCUAUCGUCACUCUGGUAUAUCUGGAAAGGCUGCUGACGUAUGCCGAGAUGGACAUCUGUCCUUGUAACUGGAAGCGGAUUGUUCUCGGUGCCAUCCUGCUGGCCUCCAAGGUCUGGGACGACCAGGCCGUGUGGAACGUCGACUACUGCCAGAUCCUCAAAGACAUCACAGUGGAGGACAUGAAUGAGAUGGAGCGCCACUUCCUGGAGCUGCUCCAGUUCAACAUCAACGUCCCGGCCAGCGUCUACGCCAAGUAUUACUUUGACCUGCGCUCACUGGCCGACGACAACAACCUCAGUUUCCCUCUGGAGCCAUUGAGCAACAAGCGGGCCCAAAAACUAGAGGCCAUCUCCAGGCUGUGCGAGGACAAGUACAAGGACCUGAGCAAAUCGGCUAUGAGGAGGUCCGUCAGUGUAGACAACAUGGUCGGCAUCAAGAGCUCCCAGGCCGUGCUGUCGUAGAUCUGCGACGGAGGUGGAGCAACGGGCUUGGAGCGCAGCGACAGGAUACGGUGCCACAUUCAGGAAGUCAGACAGCAUUCGCCAAGAGACAUUUCCAAAGUAGAUAAUAUCAGUAACUAAAUGUUAAAUGUCGACUUUGGGGAGGAACAAAAGAGCAGACGUUUACCAUACAAUAUCUCUAAAGUAUAAUGAAUCCAGUCUCUAUGUGUUCAUUACAAAGAACUUCAGCUAUCUGCCUUUAAAGCAUGAUCAAUUGGUGAAAUAUUUUGCAGACUGAAAUGUUUUUUUUCAAAUGGAUGUGUAACUUUGGAAGGAAUCAGCAUGAAAAAAUGCUUCUGAGGACCUCAUCUUCUUUUAUUUCCACAUCAGCCGAUCUCUUAGGAGUCAUUUCUCUGGCUUUGGCCCCUCUUUCUCUCCACCAGCCGUAUCCCCCCCACCCCCCUCACCUUUAUUCACAUGAUGACAGACUGUCUUGAACUACCCUGUGGUGUAGUUCUGCACAUGGACAAAGAGUAGACUUUGUUUUGCUUACUAUGUAGGCCCCUAUAGCUGUGAAAUGUACGAGACUUUAUUUAAUUCAAAUAAAUUUCAGUCGCUGUUUAAAGUCGAGGCUGCUUAGGUGGGAAA